AGGAUGAUUGGAAAGAGUUUGAGCAAAAGGAAGAAGUUGAUUAUAGUGGUCUUAGAGUUCAGUCCAUGCAAAUAAGUGAAAAAGAAGAUGAUGAAAGUGAAAAAAGAGAAGAACCCGGUGACAACUGGGAGGAGACUGGUGGUGGCAUAGACAGAUCAUCUGGUCCUUGGAACAAGUCAGCUCCUGCACCAGCGCCUGUCGUGGAACCAAUUGUUACAGAAACCCCAGAGCCAGUUCAGACUGGAGGUGUAUACAGGCCGCCUGGUGCCAGGGAGGGUGGCAGGCCACGGAGAGCACAGCAAGGACCACCAGAAAUCUAUAGCGAUACGCAGUUUCCAUCACUGCAGUCUACUGCCAAGCUUGUCGACAGUCGAAAGGAUAAAGAAAUGGAGAAGAGCUUUGAAGUAGUAAAACACAAAACUAGAGGUAGGGAUGAGGUGUCAAAAAACCAGGCACUUAAACUUCAGCUAGACAACCAGUAUGCUGUGCUUGGGGAUCAGUAGAGCUGCACACACAUUACAAUUAAGGAAUGCUUUUUUUGGUAACCCUUCUACUAAGGUAACUAAACUACAGCUAACGGCUAUGAUGAACAUGCCACCCUAUUUCUGCUGGAUCUGCUGCAGCAAGUGCAGACUACUUUGACGUAAGUGAUUGGUUCUCCUGCACAAUGGAAGCGUAAUAUGUUACAACUUCUCCUUUGGAUAUGGGGCAAAUUAAUGUAAAUGACUGAACGAGAGUCAUCAGUGUUCUGUAAUUGCUCAGAAAGAUACCUACAGCCAGUGGUCAUUUCAAAAUCUUUUUAUGUUCAGAUACUGAGCCUUCGUACAGGUUGACUACCUCAGACUUGCUGCACUCAUUGUGGACACCAUGUGGAUCACAACUUCUGGAAGAGAAGGUUACAGCUGUUUUAGUGGCCAUCUGAAACUUGAAACCAGCUCUACUGGAUUCCUGUCAGAAAUCCUGCAGAAGUCAGCCAUUUGGUUCCAAUUUGCUAUAACAAAGAUUUAAGUGACCUUAAUGACAAACCUAUUGUUUCCUUUCCGAGGAAUCCUGUCAUGUGUAGCCGUAGCCUACUAGAGACUUGCGGAGCGUACUGUACCACCUGUACUAUCUAAGUAUAACAGAGCUGUAGUUUGUUUACCUUUUUAGAUAGCUGUACUGAGGUAACUGCAAAGCAAAUUAAAACUCAUUAAGUAUCACAUUUGAGGAAUGAUGGGUUUGGAUGGUCUGUUUGCAUUAGCCUUUUUCACAGUUGUCUGUUCAAGCGUUUGUUUUUUAUUCUCCACAAAAAAAUGCCUCCCUUGUCUUUGGUAUCAAAUUGCAGUAUAUUUAAAUAAUGAUGAGAAGCUGUAGUGAAAUAGGGUUUAUUUUGUUUUUUUUGUCAUGAGGUUUGUCUUUCUCACCCUAAAGCACUAAGACUUAAAGAGUUUUGAUUUGACACAGAGGUAUCCAGACUCCAACUACAGUCUUCAGAAUUUGUCGUCUUC